GCUGCGCGUGGCCUGGGGCCAAGGUCGGCCGGAGCGGAGGGUGAUGGGAACUCCCUUUAGCGGACGAGACACUUUUUAGGCGCCCGUUUUGGACCAUUUCACCAGGCACGGCCGCCAAGCCGGAGCAGAGCAGCGCGAGGAGCCGCGCGGCGGAGAGGGCGAGGAGGACUCCGCGGACCCCGAGGUCCCGUGCCGGCCGCACGAAGGACCCAGCGGCCACUCUGGACCAUCCCAGAGGCGGUCCUGGACAGAAUAUUUCUUGGUGUUGGAAGCCAUCUAUUUGAUUACCAAUGAAGUAUAUCCUGGUCACUGGUGGGGUCAUCUCCGGCAUUGGCAAGGGGAUCAUUGCCAGCAGCAUUGGGACAAUCCUCAAAUCAUGUGGACUCCGAGUGACUGCUAUCAAAAUCGACCCCUACAUUAAUAUUGACGCUGGGACUUUCUCACCUUACGAACAUGAUGCACUGGAGUUAGAGACGCCAGGCACAGCUUCCUGCUUUAACGUGGGGCCUGGGAACCCAAGCUCAGGUGAAGUUUUUGUUUUAAAUGAUGGUGGAGAAGUUGACUUAGACCUUGGAAAUUAUGAAAGAUUCUUGGAUAUUAAUCUUUACAAAGAUAACAAUAUCACCACAGGGAAGAUUUAUCAACAUGUGAUCAAUAAGGAGAGGCGAGGCGAUUACCUGGGGAGAACCGUUCAAGUUGUCCCCCACAUUACUGAUGCUAUUCAGGAGUGGGUGAUGAAUCAAGCCAAGGUGCCUGUGGACAAUAAUACGGAAGAACCCCAAAUAUGCAUUAUUGAGCUGGGAGGCACCAUUGGAGACAUCGAAGGAAUGCCAUUUGUGGAAGCAUUCAGACAAUUUCAAUUUAAGGCAAAAAGAGAGAAUUUCUAUAAUAUUCAUGUCAGCCUUGUCCCCCAGCCCAGUGCUACGGGAGAACAGAAGACCAAACCCACACAGAACAGUGUUCGGGCACUGAGGGGACUCGGCCUGUCUCCAGAUCUGAUCAUCUGCCGAAGUUCCACACCCAUUGAGAUGGCUGUGAAGGAGAAGAUUUCUAUGUUUUGUCACGUGAACCCUGAACAGGUCAUCUGUAUCCAUGAUGUUUCCUCCACCUACCGAGUACCUGUGCUUCUGGAGGAGCAAGGCAUUAUCAAGUACUUUAAAGAGAGGUUGGACUUGCCCAUUUGUGGUUAUUCAAGCUAUUUGUUUUCCAACUGGAAGUGUAUGGCUGACAGGUAUGAAAGAUUACAGAAGUCAUGCUCUAUAGCUUUGGUUGGCAAAUACACUAAACUCAGAGACUGCUAUGCCUCCGUGUUCAAGGCCCUCGAACACUCAGCCUUGGCCAUCAACCACAAACUGAAUCUGAUGUACAUAGACUCCAUUGAUUUGGAGCCAAUCACCAAAGCUGAGGACCCUGUGAAAUUUCAUGAAGCUUGGCAGAAGCUCUGCAUAGCCGAUGGUAUUAUUGUUCCUGGCGGCUUUGGAGUCAGAGGAACACUGGGGAAACUUCAGGCAAUUUCUUGGGCAAGGACCAAGAAGAUUCCGUUUCUGGGAGUCUGCCUUGGCAUGCAGCUAGCGGUGAUUGAAUUUGCGAGAAACUGUCUCGACCUAAAAGAUGCUAAUUCCACAGAAUUUGAGCCAAACACCCCAGUUCCUUUGGUGAUCGACAUGCCAGAACAUAACCCUGGCAACCUAGGAGGGACCAUGAGACUGGGACUAAGAAGAACUGUUUUCGUAACGGAAAAUUCCUUACUGAGAACACUUUAUGGUGAUGUUCCCUUUAUAGAAGAAAGACAUAGACAUCGGUUUGAGGUGAAUCCCAGCCUGGUCAGCCACUUUGACCAGAAAGAUCUAAGUUUUGUAGGUCAGGAUAUUGAUGGGAAGAGGAUGGAAAUCAUUGAACUUACAAAUCAUCCAUAUUUUGUUGGUGUACAGUUCCAUCCUGAGUUUUCUUCCAGGCCAAUGAAGCCUUCCCCUCCAUAUUUGGGACUUUUACUUGCAGCAACUGGGCACCUGGAUGCCUACCUGCAACAGAUAUGCAGAUCAUCUACCAGGGGCCCUUUGAGAAAGAAUGAUUGGAAUAGCGAUACUAGCGACGAUAGUUUUUUAGAGCCAACCAUGGCUGAUUUGGAAAUCAGCUGAAGCCAAUCCGUGACUUGGAAUGACAGAGGCUGCCUGAACAGUCUCUGAAUUAAUUAUAGUCAAGAUAAAGGAAUUAUAUGAAGAAAUCACCACACUCAUUCCCCAGACAUGGGAUGUACAAACUAUCGUUAACCUCUGUGAACUAGAACCAAAGGGAUAAUUUCCUUUUCCCUUCAGAGGCAACCUGUGUUAUUCACAAACUUAUGUAGCUGAUUAAACUUUUCCAACAGUAA